CUCCACUCUUUGUCUGAAGCCCGCCGGGUACAACGCACACAAAACCACACGACGCCGGAGAAGGAUACCAGCUCCUCCACACCGAGCAGAGAAGACAACGAAUGGCUUGAGCGUGGACUCCUGUGUGUCUGGGCGGCUUUUUUUUUUUUGGAGUGGGUGACAAUUUUUCUCUCUUUUUUUUUUUAAAAAAAAAAAGAAAAGAUAAAAGGAAGAAAGUCGGACCAGCGAAGCAGCAUUGGAAUCACAAGAUCUGAACUCACCACUGCUUGACAGGCAAGAUGAGCUGGAGUUUCCUCACGCGUCUCUUGGAUGAGAUCUCCAAUCACUCCACAUUCGUGGGCAAGAUCUGGCUGACGCUACUGAUUGUGUUCCGCAUUGUGCUGACAGCGGUUGGCGGCGAGUCAAUCUACUACGACGAGCAGAGCAAAUUUGUCUGCAACACGCAGCAGCCUGGGUGCGAGAAUGUGUGCUACGACGCCUUUGCGCCGCUCUCGCACAUCCGCUUCUGGGUCUUCCAGGUGAUUAUGAUCACCACACCCACCGUCAUGUACCUGGGCUUCGCCAUGCACAAGAUCGCCCGCAUGGAGGACGUGGAUUACAGGCCACGGGCCCGCAAGCGCAUGCCCAUCGUGAGCCGCGGUGCCAACCGCGACUACGAGGAGGCCGAGGACAACGGCGAGGAGGACCCUAUGAUUCUGGAGGAGAUAGAGCCGGAGAAGGACAAAGAAGUAGAGGAGAAGCCGAGUAAAAAACACGACGGGCGGCGCCGUAUCAAGAGGGACGGCCUCAUGAAGGUGUAUGUCUUCCAGCUAAUGUCGCGAGCCAUCUUCGAGGUGUCGUUCCUGUUUGGGCAGUACGUGCUGUACGGCCUGGAGGUGUUGCCAUCCUACGUUUGCACCCGGUCCCCUUGUCCACACACGGUGGACUGUUAUGUCUCACGUCCCACCGAGAAAACCAUCUUCCUCCUAAUAAUGUAUGCAGUCAGUGCUUUGUGCCUGCUAUUCACUCUCCUGGAAAUCCUUCAUCUUGGCAUCAGCGGCAUCCGCGAUUGCUUCUGCGGACCCCGGACGCGCCCCCCAACUCCCCGACCCUCGGCGCUGGCUAGCCAGAGAUCCUCCAUCUCCCGACAGCCUUCGGCGCCUCCGGGCUACCACACGGCCCUCAAGAAGGACCCCUCGGGGAAACUGGCCUUCCGGGAUAACCUGGCUGACUCGGGCCGCGAGUCAUUUGGUGACGAGGCUUCCUCGCGGGAGCUGGAGAGGCUGCGAAGGCACCUGAAGCUGGCCCAGCAGCAUCUGGACAUGGCCUACCACAACGAGGAGCUCAGCCCGUCUCGCAGCAGCAGCCCCGAGUCCAACGGAACUGCGGCCGAGCAGAACAGACUCAACUUUGCCCAGGAGAAGCAGACCAGCACGUCUGACAAAGGUAUGCGUGCAUAGGCUCAGCUGACACUGUAAACUGGAGCUGCGGAUGUCAGAUGUCUCCAGAUCGGUGAUUGGACACAAGGGAAACCAACCUGAAUUAGAAUGUGUAUGUUUAUCUGUCUGUAUGAAUGAAACGUGGUAACUUUCUCCGGCUUGAGGUGUAUGAAGAUAGCCCGGGCCUGUCAGUGUUACGACCGGUCCAAGGUCCAAAAAGGAGAACAGUGGUCUCAACCUGACGUUACUUGAGACAAAAAAAGAUCCAAAGUGCUUGUUUUUGAUAAACGGUUACCAUGUACGUCUCCCUCAGGGCAGCUACUUUAUUUUCUAUUUUAUUUUUUACAUUUUCUAUAUAUAUAUAUGUAUCUAUAUAUAUAUAUAUAUAUAUAUAUAUAUAUAUAUAUCUAUAUAUAUAUAUAUCUAUAUAUAUAUAUCUUUGUUAUGAGACUUGGAGCUAGUCACAAUUUAAGAGUUGGGGCUAAGGGAAGUUCAGUCAAAUGCAUCUCAGCCUUAGAACUGGAAUUCCACU